GUGCUUUCUUUCUCUCUGGAUCAACGAUUGGUAAAGCUGGACUUGGGGAACCAAAAAAGAUUCACAGAAGGUGUUCAUGGCGGUUUCUUCAACCAUUGCAAACCCUUGCAUUGCCUGGCGAGAUCCUAAUGGACUUCGGUAUUCGACACCGAAACUUGGCUUUCUCAUUCCACAUGCCAUUGGUUUCCCCGUGAAACAACGACCACAACAACAACGAAACUUUCUGAUGAUGAGGAGUUCAAGUGAUGGUUCGCAAGAGACUGCGACGGAAACGGAAACGGAAAUGGAAACGGAUUCAGAGAGUUCUGUUGAAGCAUCUAAGUCGCCUCCUUCUCUCAUCUCUGCUUUGAACGUCGAAAAGGCUCUUCGCGGCAUCGCCAUUACUGAGGUAGAUCACUACGGUAGACUUGGACUUCAAAGAGGAUGUCCUUAUGAGGAGGUAACAGUUGCAUAUAAGAAUAAGUAUGAGGAAGUUAUGAAUCAAGGACUGGAUGAACAGGAUCUCACCAUGAAACUGGAUCUCUUAAAGGAAUCGUACUCAAUUCUGUCAUCGGAACAGGAAAGGAGAUUAUAUGACUGGAGCUUGGCAAGGGCUGAGAAGCCAGACAAAUAUCUCUGGCCUUUCGAGGUUGACAUAACACAAACACCAACACGGACUCCCCCACCGCAGGAACCGGAAGAUGUGGGCCCCACUAGGGUAGUGGGUUUCUUCCUCUUGGGCUGGUUGGUAUUAUCCUUCGCAUUAUCCAUUGCUCUUAAUAGAUGAGUAGUCUUUGUUUAAUGAAUUUAAUUAGAUGGAAGCAUUUAUUUGUUACAAUUAUAAAAUAAUACUUAACUUUGAGCCCAUUUAUUU